AUGGCCUACCUGCUCCUCUACGUUGACGACAUCAUCCUCACCGCCUCCAGCGCCGGGCUUCUCCAACACAUCACCGACCAGCUCCACCGUGAGUUCUCCAUGACCGAUCUCGGGGACUUGUCCUACUUCCUCGGGAUCUCGGUUUCCCACUCUACUUCGGGGAUGCUUCUCUCGCAGCGCCAGUACGCCAUCGACCUUCUUCAGCACGCCGGUAUGAUGGACUGCAACCCGUGUGUGACGCCCAUCGACACACGUUGCAAGCUCUCUGCCGAUGAGGGACCACUCGUCUCCGAUGCUACUGAGUACCGGAGCUUUGCCGGGGCACUUCAGUACCUGACGCUUACCCGUCCCGACAUUGCUCAUGCCGUCCAGCAGGCGUGCCUCUACAUGCACGCCCCUCGGGAGCCCCAUCUCAACCUCGUCAAGCGGAUCCUCCGCUACGUUCGUGGCACCCUCGACCUCGGUCUUCAGCUCCACUCCACGCCGGCCACCUCGCUCACUGCCUACUCCGAUGCGGAUUGGGCCGGCUGCCCCGACACACGCCGCUCAACAUCUAGGUACUGUGUCUAUCUCGGCGACAACCUGGUGUCUUGGUCCUCCAAACGCCAGGCCACAGUGUCUCGCUCCAGUGCCGAGGCGGAGUGCCGAGCGGUGGCGCAUGCCGUGGCCGAGUGCUGUUGGCUUCGCCAGCUUCUUCUUGAGCUUCAUCGUCCCCUUCCGUCAGCGACCGUUGUCUUCUGUGAUAACGUCAGUGCUGUUUACAUGGCUUGUAACCCGGUCCAGCAUCGCCGCACGAAGCACAUCAAGAUCGACAUCCACUUCGUUCAUGAGAAGGUGUCUCUCGGUCAGAUUCGGGUUCUUCAUGUGCCGUCUUCACAGCAGUUUGCCGAUAUCAUGACGAAGGGUUUGCCGUCACACCUCUUCGAGGACUUUCGGUCACUAUAUCUGUUGGUUAUCGUUUCAAAAAAAACUAUAUCUGUUGGUUAUCUAUUUUUCCAGAUUGUUAAGCAUUUGCUUACUGAACCUGAUGGAAUGAAGUCGCUCUUGCAGAGCUGUAAUGUUGUGGCUGUUUUGAGAUUCAUACGUUUAAGGAGGAUAGAUGUGGAGGGAAAGGAUUUCGAGCUGUGA